GCAGGGUGUGGAUCCGGAGCGGUCCAGAAAGGGUAGCCAGCACAGGGUGUAAUAACCGGAGAGGGGCGAAUAUGAGUUAAUGCUACCCGGGAAGAACACCACCUCGGAGGUGAAUAUCCUGUGAGAAAAAUAAGAGGCUUGAAUGAAAAUAUAGUUAAUUGUUUGACCUGGAGGUAUCAAAGGCGACAGGAGCGUGAGGAGAGAGCAUCGAGACACAUACAGAAGCUCCGAAUUGAUUGCCAGCGAACGACUGCGUAGAAGACAGUAUGAGAGGGAGGUGACAGUGUUGAAAAGUCUAUUGCUUUUGAUCAUUUGGAUCUACGGAGUAAAGUGUUUUGUUUUCAAUGCACGUUUUUAUUUUACUUUCGCGGGGAUCAAGACUCACUUCCGGAAACCCACUUACUUUUUGUUGAGCAGUCGCUACAGUUUUUGAAUCAAAACUGACGAACAGACUCCAAAACCGGACUAUUGUACUGUCGUCAAUGUCUUGUCAGACGAGAUACGUCAAUUAAAAUAAUUAAAAUAUUAUCUGGUAGAGUGCGGACCGGAUCUAUUGCUAUAAAUAUUAUAUUCAAGUAUUUGACAUUCUGUAGUUAACAAACAGCCUUUCCCACCCUAGUGAACUGGCGAGAGAGAAGGAUACAUUGUUGCUGCGUAUGAGGACGCGUCUCUGGCACAUCAAAUCAAAAUUGAAUAUUCACUGUUUUUUAUCAUCAAGAGAUUGCAUUGACUCUACCUAGAUCAGAGGCUUUGGAAUAGAGAGCAAGAAACUGAAACUGACACUAAAAACGGUUUUUACUUUUGUUGUGCCUUGGAAUACACUUACUUGCACAUGAGCACUUUGCUUUGUCAUAUUUAUUUUUGCAUGCACGUGUUUAUUUCUUCUUCCUGCACACGAUAACAUUUUUCACAAGCUAAAGGUUGUUGUCACUCGUGUUUUUAGUUCCGUGUCCCUCUCCUCCCACCUCUCGACCUGGCAGCGCUUAUUAAAGGCACCGGUUUACUGUGGACUUCGCUAGUUCCUUCAAGGGGGAAGGGUAGAUUUUCAUGUUUGUGCAUCUGGUGGAGGAGACAAAGACAAAAAGCUUUUACUGUGGAUGAUUUAUCUCUCUGAACUGUACCUGUUGUGUCACUGGAUUAAACCAGCAGGUUGAAGUCUGGGAAAGAAAACAGCACAGAUGUUUUGGAUUGCUUUCACCUUUGUUUUUUGACUGAUUAGUUCACAAUAGGAUACUUACACGGAAUCUAAGAGGCAAAGGCUAUUUUUAGAGUGAUGGGGUAAAUGGUGGUAGUUGGAAAUUGAGACCCCCACACUCAGCUCACCAACACUUCCAGCUUUAGCUCUGGUUCCAUUGUCAGCUGCUGAAUUAUCAAAACUGGAAAUUCGAGUGGGGGUCCUGUCUCAGUCAAGCUCCCAGAUAUACAUCUCACCCUGCUCAACUUCUUUUUAUCUUUGACUGGAAUUAAACUUUUUUUUCAGCACGGAACAAGGAACAAUGCAUGAGAAACUGCACUUAUAAAGAAGCAAACUUGAGUAACCAAAUAUUUUCUUCCCCAUAUACACAGAGAAGCAUAUAUAUAUAUAUUAAAUAAGAAAUAGCUAUGAAUUAUAUAAGAAUAUGUAGUUUAAAUAAUUAUAUUAUAUUUUUACGUCAGAAAUAAGUAUUGUUGCCUGAAACCCAGUUCAUUGCCUUAGAGAAACAUAGUAAUAAAGAAUACAGAGGAAAGACGACGUGGAACUUUUUUGGAAACAAGUUAAUGGUGCCUUUUUAGUUUCGUUGGUUCCUAAUGUCUCCACCACUUCAGGAUUGAAUUGUUGACAAAGAAAUAUUUUUGUGUGAAACCCUUAUAUACCUGCCUUUCCGGUUCAAACCUGAGUUUUAUUGUUGUUGGAUGUAUAUUGCUGGAUUGCAGAGAGUUCUGAAGAGUUCUGAGCUGAGGAUUACCCCUUCACUCUACACUUGAUGCAUCCUCAUAGUUUUCUAAAGUAAUUUUUGGAAUCCCCAAAUUAUAAACUUUGACUUGAUUUCUGGGAUACAGCAUCCCAACACACAAGAGUUUCAGAUGGUGAUCACUUCGUCAGUGGAGGAGAAGCCACAGCCUUCUAACAGAAUGGUCGCAAACUUGCCGACCGAAUCUUGGAUCAACAACCCAGAACAAAAUCGCUAUUUACCAACUCAGUCACACCUACUCCGGAAACCGACAAAAAGUGGAAGCAGCUCAGGAUGCAAGCCCCCCUCCUCUACCCUCUGCCAGCCUGCCGCCUUGGGCUUCUCCCCCGCUGAGCCAACCAUGUCGAGCCAGCAUAGCCACCCCUCCUUCAGCAACAUCCACUCCAUGGCUGAACAGCAGCAGGUGCUGUCUGAUGCGACCAUACUGCAGAGGAGGAUCCCCCCAAGUUUUAGAGAUCCCGCCAGCGCACCGCUGAGAAAACUCUCUGUCGAUCUGAUCAAGACUUACAAGCACAUCAAUGAGGUGUACUACACGAAGAAGAAGCGGCGUGCCCAGCAGGUGCCCCCGGAGGACUCGAGCACUAAGAAGGAGCGGAAGGUGUACAAUGAUGGCUACGACGACGACAACUACGACUACAUCGUCAAGAACGGGGAGAAGUGGCUGGACCGCUACGAGAUUGACUCGCUCAUCGGCAAGGGCUCCUUCGGGCAGGUGGUGAAAGCCUAUGACCACCACGAGCAGGAGUGGGUGGCCAUCAAGAUCAUCAAGAACAAGAAAGCCUUCCUGAACCAGGCCCAGAUAGAGCUGCGACUGCUGGAGCUCAUGAACAAACACGACACCGAGAUGAAGUACUACAUAGUCCACCUGAAGAGGCACUUCAUGUUCCGGAACCACCUGUGCCUGGUGUUCGAGCUUCUCUCCUACAACCUGUACGACCUCCUGCGCAACACCAACUUCCGCGGCGUCUCUCUCAACCUGACCAGAAAGUUUGCCCAGCAGCUGUGCACGGCGCUGCUGUUCCUGGCCACGCCCGAGCUCAGCAUCAUCCACUGCGACCUCAAGCCUGAGAACAUCCUGCUGUGCAACCCCAAGCGCAGCGCCAUCAAGAUCGUGGACUUUGGCAGCUCUUGUCAACUAGGCCAGAGGAUCUACCAGUACAUCCAGAGUCGGUUCUACAGAUCUCCGGAGGUGUUGCUGGGCAUGCCCUACGACCUGGCCAUUGACAUGUGGUCCCUGGGCUGCAUCCUGGUGGAGAUGCACACGGGAGAACCCCUCUUCAGCGGCUCCAACGAGGUGGAUCAGAUGAAUAAGAUAGUGGAGGUGCUGGGGGUCCCUCCCAACCACAUGCUGGAUCAGGCUCCCAAAGCACGGAAGUACUUUGACAAGUUGUCCGACGGUCUGUGGACCGUCAAGAAGAACAAGGACAUAAAGAAGGUACUUUACCCCUCGGCCUCCGAGUACAAGCCUCCUGCGACGCGGCGGCUCCAUGAGAUCCUGGGGGUGGAGACCGGGGGUCCUGGCGGGAGGCGGGGCGGAGAGCAGGGGCACGCUCCCUGCGAUUACCUGAAGUUCAAGGACCUGAUCCUGCGCAUGCUGGACUAUGACCCCAAGACACGCAUCACGCCCUUCUAUGCGCUGCAGCACAACUUCUUCAAGAAGACGACGGACGAGGGCACCAACACCAGCAGUUCCACCUCCACCAGCCCGGCCAUGGACCACAGCCACUCCACCUCCACCACCAGCUCCGUCUCCAGCUCCGGUACGGGACACAGCAGUGGAUCUAGCGGUUCUUCCAAUGACAACCGGAAUUACCGGUAUAGUAACCGGUACUACAACAGUGCAGUUACUCACUCAGACUACGAGAUGCAGAGUCCACAGGCUCCAUCUCAGCAGCAGCUGCGCCUCUGGCCGGGUGGAGAGGGGGGCAUGGGUCCACUGUCCAAUAGCGGCAGUAGCGUCGGCGACCCCCCAUACCCCCAGCUGCUGCUACACAAGCCGGCGGCUACGCAGCACUCACGCCACUUCCUGGGAGGCGGCGGUGUCGGGGGCAUGAUGGAACCCCACCACCCACACCCCAUCUACGGCGGUCACCACGGCAAUGGGCGGGGCCUGCGGCAGACUGGGCAGGGGAACCAGCCCCAGGGCCAGGCUUCACAGGGCCAGCAGGGCCAGCCCCUGAUGCCCAUCUCCUCCCCACAGAUGCCGGAUAGCAUCGAGCUCAGCCUCACACACCACCACCAUCUGGGUCAGUCUUCCAUCAUGCCGCCCCCAUCCAGCUUGGACUCCAGCCAGUACGGCUCCUCCAACCUCCACCUGGGCCUCUCUGCCUUUCGGACUAGGACGGUCAUGGCCCCCCAGCCGCCCCCCGCCGGCUCCCAGCAACAGUUGGCUCAGCCCCCAGCCUCUCAGGACAGCUUGGUCGCUGCCUCCGGGCUUGGAUACAUCCCCCCAUGCUACCCGGGAAGUAACAACAAUAACAACCCUCCCCAGGGUAGCGUUGUCGGGGGCGGGAUGCUCACCGGGGGGCCCCCACCCAGGGGAGUAGGGGGUGGUGGGGGGAGGCCGGACUCUGAGGAGUCCACCAUGAUGGGUGUGUGCGGCAAUGGAGGAGGCGGUGGUCAAAACACGGCCAACUCUUGAUAAAUCUUGAACAAAUUCCAAAAGCCAUACAAUUUUAACAACGACAACAUUACAAUUUCAACACGCAUACAUGCACAGUACACACUUGAGUUUGAAACAAAUACGGCCACACAUAUAGUUACAGAGACAAACUUGUGAAAUAUCAAAGGAGUUUUGUUUUGUUUUGCAUGGGAGAAGGUCGAGGGAGAGUAAGAGAGGGAGAGUGAGAGAGGGAGAGAGAGAGGGAGAGUGAGAGAGGGAGAGUAAGAGAGGGAGAGUGAGAGUGAGAGAG